AUAAAACUGAAUUAUAGUUAAGAAACUAAAUACAAAGCCGGAAUAUCACUAAAUAAAUUAAGAGAAUAUGCCAGAGGUCAUACAAUUAGCUGGCGUCCUGUCUGGCCACAGUGGCUGGGUGACUCAGGUGGCGCCCCAUCCGUAUGAUCCGGAUCUGUUGGUCUCCUCGUCAAGGGAUAAGACCAUCAUUGUGUGGCGCUUGACGCGCGAGAGCCAGAACAACUAUGGCUACACGCUGAAGCGAAAUUAUGGCCACUCGCAUUUCAUCAGCGACGUGGUGCUCUCAUCUGACGGCAACUUUGCGCUGUCCGGCUCGUGGGAUCGCACCAUUCGACUGUGGGAUCUGACUGCUAGCGCCACAACGCAUCGGUUUGAGGGACAUGCCAAGGAUGUGCUGUCCGUGGCCUUUUCGCCGGACAACCGCCAAAUAGUCUCCGGCUCACGCGACCGCACCAUCAAGCUGUGGAACACGCUGGCCGAUUGCAAGUACACCAUUACGGAUGAUUGCCACACCGAUUGGAUAUCGUGUGUGCGCUUCUCGCCCAAGCACUCUAAUCCCCUAAUCGUCUCGUGCGGCUGGGAUCGUACGGUUAAGGUGUGGGAUUUGACCCACUGUAAGUUACGUAACAAUCACCACGGUCACACUGGCUAUCUCUCGACGGUGGCCGUCUCGCCGGAUGGCUCGCUGUGCACGUCGGGCGGCAAGGACGCUAAGGUGCUGUUCUGGGAUUUGAGUGAUGGACGCAAUCUGUAUCCGCUGGACCAUCAUGACGUGGUCAAUGCCAUGUCCUUUUCGCCCUGUCGCUAUUGGCUUUGUGUGGCCUGCGGCUCAUCAAUAAUUGUCUGGGACUUGGCAUCGAAAAAGGCAGCAUUCGAUCUCUGGCUUGAGGAUGUACCGCCUACGGCGAAGGGUGAUCUGCCGCAAUGCCUGUCGCUGGCCUGGUCCAUCGACGGCCAAACUCUCUUUGCCGGCUACUCCGACAACAAGAUACGCGCCUGGCAGGUGCUUACCGGCCAAUAACAUUCAAACCCCACCCACACUCACUCCUUGGUCUUCAGUAACAUUGUAACAUUCAAUAACCAACUAGCUGAUUUGUUUAUUCUAUGUUAAGGGACAGCACACGGGCUACGAAACGAAAUCAAAUAAAUUC